UUCAUAAGGUUCACGACAAUAAUGACGUGCAGUGAGCCUCAACAAGGCACAAACUCUCGUGAUGUCCUUACUGAGGUUGUCGUUCACCAGCCAGCAUCUUCCAGAAGUGAAAACUCGAAGAACGACCAAGAAAAGAUUUCUCUACUCUGGCCUGUUAUCGAUACGUUGAUUAUCGCUGUGCUAUCAAUCACGAUCUUAGCUCUAUUGUUCAAAGGACAACCCUAUCAUCGCGGUUUCUACUGUAACGAUGAAACCAUCAACAAGCCGUAUAAAGACAGCACUGUGAAGAAUUACGUGGCAACACUUGUGGGGUUACUUCUACCAGUCGCUUCGUUCAUCCUGGUUGAAACUUUGCGGUUUAGUGAAGAAACUCCAAAAGAAAGAGACAAGCACCAGAUAUAUUAUGUAGGAUCGGUGAAGUUACAUCCAGUUUUUCUGAGGUUUGCUAAGAUAGUAGUUGUGUUCCUUUUCGGGGCGGCUGUGAAUACUCUACUGACUGAUGUUGGUAAAUACUCGGUUGGCAGACUGAGGCCGCACUUUCUCACUGUGUGCAAACCUGAUACCAGCCUGUUUAACUGUACAACAGAGUUCAUUACUUCAGUGGUGUGUACUGGCGACCCAGCGAUCAUCAGACAAGCACGACUAUCUUUCCCAUCAGGGCAUUCGUCCUUUGCUGCCUACACUAUGUGCUUCCUCGUCCUGUAUAUCCAGGCUAGGGUUGACAUACCUCAGAGCUACCUGUUGAAGCCACUUCUUCAGCUCAUUCCUCUUAUUCUUGGUAUUCUCUGUGGACUGUCGCGGAUCAGUGAUUAUAAACACCAUUGGAGUGACGUGUUUGCUGGGCUAGCACUAGGUACAACUAUUGCAUAUGGAGUUGUUUGGUUCCACAUCAAAUGGUUUAAAGAUAUAGAGAGAAUGACUCAAAAAGGUUGUAAAAAGUCUGUGAAAAAUUGUGUCUAAGUAUUUUGAUCUUGCAGAAGACGUACCUUUCAAUGAUAUUGAGAGUGAGCCAUGCCUUUAUGAUCAGUAGCAGCUUAAACUUGAAUUGUAGUGAAUAAAAAUUAAUGCAUUUAGCAUGAGAAUAAAAAGCUAUAUCCAGAA